GUCGUCUGUUGAGCGGAGUGUCAUUGCGUGAUCUCUAAUCUCUACAGCACAGUGAGUGCACAUGUAUCGCUCUAGCUGACCCAAUCCAUGUGUCGCGGGCCGCCUCCCUCGUCUCACUCACCGACAUGCGGUGCGGCACCACAAUCAAAGCUCUAUCUAUCUAAAGCCACAAUAAAGGACAGACUGAUGCAAACAGACAUCGAUCGACAAAACAUCAUCCAUACACUCAGACCACAUAUCCACUUGGCGCCCCUCCCUGUCUCUCUGUCUACUUGUCCACUGUAUCAUCAGCGUCUUGCCUCUUGCCGCCUACAAUCGGGGGCGGCGGUGAGGGCGGCUCCGACAUAUGGAUAUGCCAAUCACUUCUCGAUGUCGCCGGCUCCGAGGGCGUGUCAAUAUUACGCCGCCUCACAUCUUGACCGCCAGUAGCAAUGGGUAUGUGAUCGAGGGAAGCGGACAGGCUCGACAAAGAAUUUUUGUAGGACUCCAGUGUCUCGAGCAGGUGCCUCUCGAGCCACCGCUUCUUCGGUGAUGUCUCGGGGUACACACUGGUCGUCUGCACCAGAGAGGUACACUGCUCGUCGGCUUUAUGCUUCAGGUCACUCAAGACUGCCUGUGAUGAGACAAGGGCCUUCUGCAACUGCUGAUUCUCACUCAGCAACUGCAUGACACACACACACACACACACACGCCAGACACAGAGGUCGAUGUAGGAACGCAGGACAGACACGAGGAGGACGCCUACGCGGACCCAUAUAUGCUUACAUAUUCGAAUUCGCGUAAUCACCUGGGAGGCCUCUUUUGAAGUAUGGCGCAUGUCACGCUUCAGACUCUUGACCAAUGAUUUAAGCCUCACGAUCUCCCGGCUGUCCUCCUCCUGUCUCUGCUGCCCCACGGCCUGGGCAUCCCGGACCGCGGCGGCCUUGAGGUGCGUCAGCUGAUCCUUGGCCACCUGCUCGCCCCGGCUGGCCUCAUUCAUUGCGCGCAGCAGUGACUCUUUCUCUGUGGCCAACUCCAGCCGCUCCUGCCGAUUGAUACAUACAUGAAAAGACAUACAUACAGUGCAUGACAUAACAAAGACACAGCGUCGGUUGUAUGUGAGUGUCACUCGAGGCUGUGUGUGAUGUGACCUGCUUAAGGUGGAGCAGCUCAGAUUGCAGCCUGUUCUCCCUUUCCUGUCGCUCAAGGUCCUCCUGCGCUCUCCGCUUUCGCCAAGUGUGAUCCAUCGCUUCCUUUUCUGACUGCAGCAGCGCCAGUUGUGUCUUUGCGUUCCUCUCCCAGCUGGCUCCCUCCCUUCGGAUGGCGGCGACUUCCGCUUUGAAGGCACUCUCGGUCUGCGAUCACGGAUGGAAUGGAAACAUGGGUCAGACCGUCUCAGCUGAAGCAUGUUUGCUUACUUGGCUGUGUUUGUCUUUGAGUGUCUGCAGUUGGCUCUGAAGGUGCUGCUCGCAUGCAUGCUUUUCUUGGACAAGGGCCAUCAUUUGCUGUUUGAGGGCCGCCUCCAUCUCUUCCUUUUCCCGCCGCAGAUGCUCACAGUCGUCAGCGAAGCGCCGCAGAGACUCUGCUUUGUUGCCGACCUCUCUACGAAGCCGUUCCAACUCCUUGGUGCUCUUGGCCUGUCCACAAAGGCACAUGGUGCGGGUCUUGCUCUUUGUUUGAGGCACCCCACGCACCUGCAAAUCUGCGAUGUCUUCCCUCAGGGUCUUCUCCUGUCUGGUGGCUGCCUCACGAACUGCUUGCAGAUCGUUUUCGAGGUCGACCUUGAGUUGGGCAUAGUGGGCUUGCACACGACUGAAAGAACAUGCGGGAUGGAUGGAUAGAAAAUGGGCUGUUUCUGGUGUGCGUGCUGGGUGCGCUUACUUCACUUCGUCGGUGCCAUUGCGCUUCAUGGCCUUGAGCUCCCGUCUCUCAGCCUGCAUCUCUUGUCGCAUGGCCGCCAUCGUCUUUUCCGCCUCCUGCCGACGAUCUCUUUCCGAAUCUAGCAAACCGUUGAGUUUCGCCUUGUCUGGAAAAGCAUAGCAAAAUAAAGACGCGUGUGUGCAUGGCAGAUUAUCCAUGCCGUACUGUGUAGGUAGGUACCUCCUUGCAGAGAUGCAACGGUCUCUUGCAGAUUUGCAUUUUGAUCGCGCAGAGUCAUCAUUGUGGAGAGAUCCUGCCCCCUCAGCCGUGCAGAUAUGCCGUCAUCGGUGUCCACAUGAAGCGUCUCGAAGAGCGGGCGGCUUCCAAACGUCGCUUGCCCCUGUCCCCCGGUCGCGCCCACGGCGAGCGACGGGGGAAAGCUCUCGAUGGGUUGAGCCCUCGAGGAGUGGAUAGAAGACUGGAUUGCUGAUAUCUGCUCGGCGAGGCCUCUGACUUCUUUCAGCAUCGAUUCGUCCCCCUUGCUUAGCACCUCUCGCGGCUCCUUCCCUUUCUGCGUUGAUAUUUGGAGCAAUUUCUCGAGGGCGGGCACGGGAUCAGGCUCAGCAGGGCAGACACCGGCAGCAGCAGCUGCGCUGGGAGGAUGGACGGCGACAAGGGUUGAUUUUGGAGGUGACAUUGGCACCACACCCUUUGCAGACAAGGCUCCGGACGGCGGAGUUGAGGGCGUAAGGCUGAUGUUGUCGUCUCUUAGCGGGGAGACGGCCAGCGCCUGCUCUCUUCCUCUUGCAGAAGCCGGCUGCCUAUCUUUGUCUGGUUCAGUCCAUAGCUCCUCCUUCUGUUGUCGUGCUGUGAGGGCAAGCUGCUGCUCGAGGGCUCGUACACGGCCUGAGAGCUCCUCUCGCUCUUUGGUUAAGCUCUCGAGCUGCCGCGUCAGGUCCUGGUUUUCCCGCCUCAAGUAGUCUGCCCUCGCAUCAGCCGGUUCCUCACCCAUCGACAGCUCUACUAAGCGUUUUUGUUGCAGCCACUCUGUCCCCUCUUUGGCCGGUUGGCGGGGGCGCUGGGUGAGUGUCACGGAUGUCGAGUGCGUUGUCACCGGUGUGGCCUUGAUCUGCUCUUUCAGCUGGCGCUUCUCCAUGUGUGCCUGCUCGAGCUCUGCUUGCAGCCUUCGCACGUGUGCUGUGGCAUCGUUGAGCUCGCGGGCGGCUCUCUCUGCGGACGAGUCGUGCAUGGUCGCCUCAUUAUUGAGUCUCCGCACUUGGUCUUCAAGGGCUUCAUUCUCGCGUUGCUGUUCCUUAGCCUCCUGCUCCAGCGCUUCAUUCUUCCUCUCUAGCAUCUCGGCGUCUUUUCGCAGCAGAUCAAGUUUGCGGACGGCGUCAUACAACGUCUCCAAGUCUUCUGGGUCCACACGCUCGUCCUGAACACAGAGGGUCUGCACAUGAAGUGGGUGCGUCCGUGCAGCGUCUGCCCACCUUCUUCUCAGGGGCGGUGAUCUCGGAAGACAGGCGUCGGAUCUCGUCGUCCUUUUGCUGGGUCUCUGCCGUGAGCCUCGCAUUGAGAGUCUCAAGCUGAGCCACCCUUUUGAGCAUUUCAGCAUGGGCCUCCUGCUGAGACCGCGAUAACGCAGACAGGGCGGUGUCGGCCACCAGCCUUUUGGCCUCCAGCUGCGCCGUCAGUCUCUUUUCUUCCUCCCUGGCCGUGAAAAAGCCUUGAUUGUCAUCCGAAACGACACUUGCACGCUUAAGCUCUGUCCUAAGUCGUUCACAUUCUUCGUAUGUUUUUUGUUGCUCCAUGCUCAGCCGCCUGUUUUCUGUCUUGAGUGAAUCCAUACCCUCGUCAAGACUGUCCACUGUCCUCUUCAGCUCUUCUGCGUUUGAUACUCGUGAUUUGAUGAGCCGAAUGAGGUCGUUCUUGAGAGUCAGCUCCCGGCGUAGAUCCUCAAUCUCUCGUCGCUCGAGAUUGAGGUCCUCAUUUUCUCGCGCUAUCUGGCGCACAGUCGUGAAGAAGGAUUGCAGCGACCGCUGAGACACCAGUUUGCCGCUGCCACGCCUUUCUGCCAGGUCCAGGUCUGAUGUCAGCUGCCGUUCGAAUUGCCGCACUGUCUCCCCAAAAGCGCCUGCCGCCUCUCCGCUUCGUACUCCAUGCCCUUUCGUCAACCAGGCAAUCUCCCGCUCCUUCGCGUCCUUCUCGUGUCUCAGCGUCUGCACCUCAGCGCGGAGUGAAUCCACCAUGUUCCUUAUCUCAUUCUCGCCGUCGUCCCUCUGCUGCACGGUGGAUGUGCCGUCUUCAGCAGCCGACUCACAUGACUCGAAGGACGGCGCACGGGGGAGAGGGGCUGGCUGCGAUGCUGCCGCCAGCCGCUUCUCCAGUGCCUCAACCUUUUCCUUGAGUCUUCGAGCCUCGUCGUGCCGAGUCACGCUCUCUUCCCAAAGCUUGGCGUUUGCUGCCUGCAGCUCUUUUUUGGUCUCGAGCAGUCCUUCGUUUUGCUUGACAAGCUGCUCCAAUUCGUUUCUCAGCGCUUGGAUCGGCUCACCGACGGGCUCGUGGUUGGUACUCACCGUUUGGGAAAGAGGCGUGUCCCUUCGGGGGACACUUGCUCGAGUGGGUGGCGGGCUGAAGCUGCUGGGAGAUGGCGAUCCCAUGCCCUCCAGCAGCUGAUUCUUCUCAUCAAGCUCUGACCGCAGCUGGUGAAUCUCGCGCUUCAGAGCAAUCCGCUCUUUCUCUCCCUGCCGAAGCUCAUGAUUCUCGGCAACCAACCGUUCUACGGUGUGGUUAAGAGCCGACAGAGUCUGCUCUCCGCCAACCGGACUCGCACCGCUUGUCCUGGCUGUGUCGUGCAGAGCCAAUUCCAGCUGACGAAAUCGGUGAGAAAGGUUGUCAUAAUCCUGCUUGAGCUCAGUAUUGACCUCGACCCUGGUUUUCUGCGUCUCCAGCUCUUUCCUGAGCUGCUCGAUGAGUCUGUCGCGGUCGGCGAGGGCGGCUGAGGCCUUUGAGUCAUCUGCCAUCCUUGGGUGUCGUGCAGCAGAGGAUGGCGACUCCAGUACCGACUGGGCAGGCGACUCCAGCUGGCUUCUGCCUUCAUCCUUGACCCUCAGAGUCUGCGCAAGAAGAUGAGCUUCUCUUGUGUCUGCUUGCGGGGUGAGGCUUGGGGGAAGAGACGCCGGUUGUUGAGGACCGUCCAGGUGAAAGAGAGUCCCCAAGAUGUAUAGGCGGCAAUCGGCCAGAACCGACACGACCUCGUUGAGAGCAUCUCGAGUCCGCACAUCGGCAUGGCCGAUGGCAGACACGACUCUCCCAAGCGCGUCAACCGACCGAUUGACAGCUUGUGAGAUGCGCUGCGGGUCAUCUGCGCAACAAACAAUGGCAGAAAGCCGUGCAAAGGGAGCUCUUUUUGUGGCUUGGCUGACCGAGAGGGGAAGUAGAAGCAACCACAAUGUCAUGCUGCGAACACGGGAAACAGUUGGGCGGCCCUUUGCAUGAUGUGUGCCCUUUUCCAUACCGGUUGCCCCUGUGGGCGGGAGGGGCUCCCGAAAUGGCCCUCAUGCUCAGCUCGUGGGGCAGCUGCAGCUGGAGCUCCCUUCUGCAAUGCACCGAUACAAACUGGCAUGAUGGCUGGAAACCAUUCUUACCUACCGAUGGUGAUUUUGGAUGUUUCAUCUGCU